UGAACAACCAUGGACUCGUCCAGUCCCAACAGAGAGCCAACUUCGGAUGAGCUCGCCGAGAUAUACGCCUCGUCUACGAACUUGCAUAGUUCUGAGACAGCACCGACCGAAUUUGACGACGAUCUCGAAGCACUGCAGCAAAUCGAAGCGUCAGCCAAACGCGUCAAAGUCGCGAACCGCGAAGUGAUCCACCACCGCACCUGGAAAACAAACGAGGUCUUCCACAGCGAACCGAAAGAACCACACACAUCGAGUCCAAUCCAGAUAGCGAAUAUGACCUCUUCGCCGCCGCUCUCGCCCUCUCCGCAAAAGAGGAAGCGCAAGCUCGAUCAGCUUGACUUUGGCAAAAGCAGCUUGGGGACGUCGCGUCCCGUCAAAGCGCAAAAGUACUACUACGGCAUCGAUAUACACCGCCUCCUAGCAGAUGCAGAAGCUGAGGACAGCCUACCGAAGCCUGCGCCGGCAACAGCGCUCCCAACGCCUCCAGCAGAACAAGCAGCACCGAAGGGCAAGAAAGGAUCUCUGCUGUGGACUGAAAAGUAUCGGGCAAAGAAGUAUGCGGAUCUCAUCGGUGACGAGAGGACGCAUCGCAAUGUCAUGCAUUGGCUCAAACGAUGGGAUCAAAUCGUCUUUCCUGGCUCUGCUCGACCGAAGCCGAAGAAGAAGUUUGGCGAUGAGAAUGACUUCGUGGAGCGUCCCCACCGCAAGGUCCUGCUGCUGACUGGGCCACCGGGCUUAGGAAAGACGACCAUGGCACAUGUAUGUGCGAAGCAGGCAGGCUAUGAGGUGCAGGAGAUCAAUGCCAGUGACGAGAGAAGCAGCAACGUUGUGAAAGGACGCAUCAGAGAUAUGGUGGGCACCGAAAAUGUCAAAAAUGUGGAGGACAAGAAGACUGCAGAUGGAAUGGCGAGAAAAGCUGCGAAGCCCGUUUGCGUGAUUGUGGAUGAGGUAGACGGAGUGGUGGGAGGCAGUGGAAGUGGUGGCGAAGGUGGAUUUGUCAAGGCUCUGAUUGAUCUGAUCAUGCUGGACCAGAAGAACUCAAGCGCAUUGGGGACAAUGUCGCAAGCUCCUGUGAAGAAGAAGAGGAAAGGCGAUCGGUUCCGCUUACUGAGGCCAUUGAUACUGGUGUGCAACGACGUCUACCAUCCCUCCCUGCGACCAUUACGACAAAGCAAUCUGGCGGAAAUAAUCCAUGUGCGGAAAGCGCCAGUACAGAGCGUUGCAACACGACUACAAACAGUCUUUGACAAAGAAGGGGUACCCUGUGACAGUGACGGUGUGCGAAGACUUUGCGAAGCAGCUUGGGGCGUGAGCAACCGGAAAGAAGACAAGAAUGGGAAUGGUGCUGGAGAAGGUGAUAUGCGAGGUAUCAUGGUGGUGGGCGAAUGGGUCGCAGGCAAGCUGCGUGCUAGUGGAGACUGCAAUGCACGUCUAACGCGGAGAUGGGUUGAAGAAAACGUCCUUCAAGAUCUGACGCACGGUGGCGGCGGUGCUCGUGGAAUGGGAAGAGGCGGCCCAAAAGACAUUGUCGACCGUGUCUUCAAAGAAGGCGCGGGCUUCCCCCGACAGGCUGCUUUGGCUACUCCAGUCAAUCACGCCGGCAGUGAUGGUGUCAAAGGAGUGGCUGAGGGACUACGGAGAACAGCGACCGAACGACUUCGCGAAUUGAUCGAUACCCAUGGCGACAGUGACCGGAUUAUGACUGACUGUUUCUCGACCUAUCCCGAACACCCUUUUCAGGACGACACCUACCUUUCGAAACCCGACGCUGCGUACGAAUGGCUACAUUUCCACGACCGCUUGAGCGGUGCGGUCUUCAGCAGCAACGAAUGGGAACUUGCACCGUACCUCAGCACUCCCAUUCUUGGCUUCCACCAUCUGUUCGCCUCUGCCACCACACGACAAUAUUUCGAGAAAGAUGCCAAGAAAGAUGGCGACGAUCCUGAUGCUGAGCCGAUGCACGCCUUCUCGGGGCCGCAAGCCUCGUGGGCUGCUCACGAAGCCACGAAGCAGAACGAAGCCCAUCUCGAUGCCCUACAAUCUUCGCUCGCUCCACCUUUGAAGCGGCUGUUCAGCAGUCCAGCAGAUAUUGCAACAGACCUCCAGCCAUACCUUCUUCGUAUGCUCACGCCAAAUGUCAACCCAAUUGUUGUCGGGGGCAGCGGGAAGGACAAGAGCACUGCUUCCGUCCGCAAGGCAUCAGAACAAACGCUGGUCCGCAGAGCUGUAAACGCCAUGGGCGCCUCAGGAGUUCGGUUCGAUCGUGUGCGAUUAGACGACGGUGCAACUUUCGGCAACACACAAUGGAUCUACCGCAUGGAGCCACCCCUCGACACUCUCUGCACCUUCGAAACAGGCGGCCGAGGCUUCGGCGAUGCAGGCGCGAAGACAAGAUACGCUGUACGCCAAGUCAUCGAGCAAGAAUGGAAGAAAGAGGAAGCUCGUAUCAACGAAGAAAACCGAUUGGCACGCUUUGGUCUAACAAACGCUUCCUACGUUGAUCAGACGACCGGCCAAGUGAAGAAGAAGACCGUGGAAGAUCUCGAUGCCGAAGGAAAGAAAGUCGUGCGAGACUUUUUUGGUAGACCGGUCUUGGUGCCUGUUGGCGAAUCUGAAGCGCAGAAGAAUAAGAGGGAAGGGAAGACGAGGAAGCAUUUGGGGGCUUUUAUUAAGUUUCAGGAUGGAUAUUCGAAUGCGGUGAGGAAGCCGAUUACGCUGGCGGAGUUUAUGAAGGAUUUGUAGUUGGAUAACUUGGUUUGAUGACAUUAUGACAUUCUUGUACGGCCUGUCUCUACCAUCCUAAACCUGCGCUGUGGCGCGCAAUGAUGAUUUUCACAGUGACUUGUUGCCGACAGCAGUAUGGAGAUCUGCCUAGCUUCUACAGACAGAUUGCCUUUGACACGCUGCACAAGGCAGAGAUACGAGUGCGAAGAAUCGGAGACGAUCGGUUAGAGAACACAGUAUUACAGGUGUUGACCCGUUCCUACUCUGCCUCUACCGGCGGUGUGAGCCUCUAUACCGU